ACAUCAUUGGUAGCAGCCCCCCUCCUCUUCCUCCUCCUCCUCCUCUAGACAGUCAGAACUAGUCUGCUGCUGAGGAGACACAGCCGGGGGAAUUAUGCCCUGCCCAGCAGCGGCGUUGCCGAUUUGAGGAGCCGAUCUAUGCAUACCAAGUAGUUUUAGGUCCGGGGAAGUCCCCGUGGUUUUUUGGUUAUUAUGAGCAUGGAAGAUUAUGACUACCUGUUCAAAAUAGUUCUCAUAGGAAAUGCCGGAGUUGGUAAAACUUGUCUUGUUCGGCGCUUUACUCAGGGCCUUUUCCCACCUGGACAAGGGGCUACUAUCGGAGUAGACUUCAUGAUCAAAACUGUGGAAAUCAAAGGGGAGAAGGUCAAAUUGCAGAUAUGGGACACAGCUGGACAGGAGAGAUUUCGCUCCAUAACUCAGAGUUAUUACCGUAGUGCCAAUGCCCUCAUUCUUACAUACGACAUUACCUGUGAGGACUCCUUCAGGUGCCUUCCAGAGUGGCUAAGGGAGAUCGAGCAGUACGCCAACAGCCAAGUGGUGACUAUAUUAGUCGGUAACAAAAUAGAUCUGGUGGAAAAGAGGGAGGUUCUGCGGCAGAGGGCCCAAGACUUCGCCGAGGCCCAGAGCAUGCUGUACCUGGAGACGUCGGCCAAAGAGUCCGACAACGUGGAGAAGCUGUUCCUGGACCUGGCGUGCGAACUCAUCCGAGAGGCCAAGCAGAACAAGCUGGAUAACAGUGACACGGCGCCCAUGCCCGGCGAGGGCAAAACCAUCAGCUAUUUGAACUGCUGCAACGUCAACUAAAAAGUGGGGUACAGCUGAUGUCGAGGGGUCCCGAUGCCUCCGUCCCACUAAACCACCUCUGAGUUUGAUCAUUUUUUAAAAGUCCCAUGAGUCUUUUUAAGAAAGAGGAGCCAGUCGAGUUUUCUCUGCCCCUCCAGGAGCAAAUAGUUUAGGAUGCUGCCAUUACUGAGAACCCUUCUUGUCACUGUAGCAGUGAGUGUAUGUCCAACACUUCUUCCAGGAGAUCUGCGUAGGGCUGCACAUUGUGCUGAUCUUGGUAAAUUGCCAGGGUUUUCCUGUCAGGGCUUUAGGAUCCACUUUCCAUCAACAUUCACCAGCAGUAUUACUCUAAAAGUUCUGCCGGGUAUUCUGUUACAGACCCCACAUUUAAGAGGAGCUCCAAAAGCAUCCAAGGUUAUCUGUUAAAGGUGACAUGUUUACAUUCACAACAUAUUUGAGAUUACCGAGUUGGAUUAGGAUUUUUUUUUUUUUUUAAUCCGUUGCACAUGUAUUUUUUCUCUGAGAAUCACACUCAGUGUUAUUAACGUUCAUUCUUAUAGGUUGUUUUUGUUGCACCUCAUUGCAAACUGUGAAACAUUUGUUAGUUUUUUUCUUUAAUUGCUGCUAGAAAAUGUUUUUAUGUUAAAUAACAUGAACUAAAACACACUUAAAAACGCUUAAAAGUAUUCUGUGAUGGUAUUUCGUUUAGUUGACUUGAAGUGCUUGUGAUUGCUUUAUUUUGAAAUUGCUAGAAGGCUGCAAUCAGACGACAACAUGUAGUUUAAUUAACUGAGUUUGUAUUUUCAAUAGACUCCAACAUUUUUUAUUACAUUUUUAUCCAUACGAGUAUUUCUGCAUCUGUUGCUGCUGCCUCCACAUGAAAUCAGUUGAGGUUUGUCCUUGUACUUCUGUAGAACUUGUUGUAUUUCAGAUACUUUUAUUGUGAAACCCCCUGUUUGUAGCAUUAAAAUUAAUAUUUUUAUUUUGCCACAAGUGCAAUCUACUGUAUUGCACAAUGCCAUUUGCUGCACAUUUUCUCCCCCCAUGUUGUAACGUCUUUUGUUAAGCAGAUAUAUAUAAUAUCGUAGUACAUCUUGGCACUUUGCUUUGAUAUUUUUGUACUUUCAGUAAUCCCCUUUUUUAUUGCAAGCUUUUGAGGUUUUUUUGCCUUGUAACGUAGAUAUAUAGAUGCAACUCCUGGUUAAUUGUUUGCAUUUUUAUUUUGUCAUAAAGUGGAAAAAAAGCUACAAAAAAGGCUGUGGAGAUUCUGUGCUUUUUUCAUGUGUAUAAAAUAUCCUCAUCAAUACUCUGCAUAACAUUAAAUAACUACACUAAU